AUGCACAAUUUAAAUUGGCUGCAAAUUAAUAAAUACUGGAAAAAAGAUUUCACACAAUUAUUAACCGAAACUUUUGAGUCAAGACUUGACAUUGAUCUUGAAUAUGAGGAUAUUUAUUUUCAAGCAGAUGAUGGAGUUCCGUUAGAAGGUUGGUUCAUACCAUGUAAAGGCUCAUCAAAAUUAAUUAUCAGUAAUCAUUUCUUGCCAGGUAAUAGAUACGGUUUUGCAAGUCAUCUUCCGGAAUUUCUGGCCCUUGGAGGUUUUGAAGUUAACUUUUUACCUCGAUAUAAAGCUUUACAUGAUGCUGGUUAUAAUGUAUUCUGUUAUGACAUAAGAAAUCAUGGAUUAAGUGAUUCAGCUAAUGGAGGAACUAUAGGGUUUGGACAUUUUGAAUGGAGGGAUGUGAUUGGAUCUAUUAAAGAUGCUAAUUCGAGGGAAGAUACUAAAAAUAUGACAAAAGGAUUGUUGAGCAUAUGUUUAGGUUGUAAUUCGACUUUGCAAGCAAUGGCCAAAAAACCAGAUUAUUUUGAUGAUUUCAAAUAUUAUUUUGAAACAUGGGAAUACGCAAAAGCUGACAAAUUACCAACUAAACUGUUACAAGUUCAAAAAGAUACUUGGACAUAUGCUGAAGAUGUUGAGAAUAUUUAUAAUAGGUUAGGUACUGAUGAAAAAGAAUUAUAUUGGAUCACUGAAACAGAUAGAGGAUUUGAUGGAUAUAAUUUCUUGGGAGAACAUCCAGAAGUUGCUCUCGAGUGGUUUAAUGAAUAUUUCAUAUAA